AUAAAUAUGCCAUAAACACUGACCCCAUUGUCAUAGAAUUUGGAAGACAAAAGAAACUUUACUUGCACCUUAAAAAACAUUAGCAGUUUGCUCUCCCUUUUAACAUACAUGCCUUGGGGAGUGAUGGCAGGGCACUUGGCUUGGGGUGGCCUUAUUGAUGAAGGUUGGAGAAAGGGUCCUUGGACUGCUGAAGAAGACAGAUUGCUUAUUGAAUAUGUUAGAUUGCAUGGUGAAGGAAGAUGGAAUUCUGUUGCUAGGCUUGCAGGAUUGAAAAGGAAUGGGAAAAGCUGCAGACUGAGAUGGGUAAAUUACUUGAGGCCAGACCUCAAGAGAGGACAGAUAACUCCACAUGAGGAGAGCAUUAUUCUUGAGCUGCAUGCUAGGUGGGGAAAUAGGUGGUCCACAAUUGCAAGAAGCUUGCCUGGAAGAACAGACAACGAGAUAAAGAACUACUGGAGAACCCAUUUCAAGAAAAAGACCAAAAUCUCUCCUGAAAACUCGGACAAGGCAAGAACUCGUUUCUUGAAAAGGCAACAAUUUCAGCAGCAGCAGCAGCAACAGCAACAGCAGCAGCAGCAGCAACAACAGCAACAGCAGCUUCAACAACAGCAGCAGCAGCAGCAACAUAUUCAACAACAGCAGCUGCUGCAACUUAAUCAAUUAGACAUGAAAAAGAUCAUGUCCUUACUUGAUGAAAGUGAAACUAAAGUACCAUAUGUGCCCCAAGUAAGGCAAGAAGCGGCUUGUGUCUACCCUAACACAACUGAUCAAGAGCAUGGCUUUUUAUACACUAUGUUCAAUGCCAAUGCUUAUGUUUCAGUUCCCGAUCAGGUCUGUAAUGAGGAUAUCACAUGGGAUGGGUUAUGGAAUUUGGAUGAAGUCCAUGGGAACUUCGGUGUGGCUGCAGCAUGUGCAUCAAGCAAAGCCACCAUGCACAAUUUAGUAGCACCCUUCUGUUAAUUCUUCAGUACCAGUUAAAAUUUUGAUGGCGUGUAAUAUAAUUAACCCAAAAGGGGUUGAAAGAAAAUGUUUGCACUGUCACGAUCUCUACUCUAGAAGUCAUCAAAUGAGAAGGCUCUUAAUCUGGAGCUUUGGAUUGAUGCUCAAGGUGUGUACAAUAUGGGUUCCUGUAUGUGACCAAAAAAAUCCUGAAUGUGUACCCUCUUUAUCAAUAAAAUUUUCCAAGUUUUGGCUUAGAACCCAA